UAAGUUGAGUAAACUGCCCCAGAACUCUCAAGCUCUGAUGCUCCAGCAAACUGACCAGUGGUUUCAGAAGCCAGUUCAACAGACUAAUCAGCAGUUUCCUCAGAAGCUUCAGAUUCAGAAGCCAGUAGCGAAGGCUGAGCCUUUGGACAAAUGUGCUGUAGCUGAUUAUGAGCAGAUCCAAUGUGGACAACCUGGUAUCAGUAGUGCUGAAUGUGAAGCUAUCAACUGCUGCUUUAGUGGACAGCAGUGUUACUAUGGGAAGGCAGUGACUGUCCAGUGUAUAAGAGAUGGUCAGUUUGUGGUGGUGGUGGCUAGAGAUGUUACACUGCCUCGACUGAGUCUGGAUUAGUCAGUCUACUGGGAGGAAGUGACCCACCUUGCAGUCCUGUGGGGUCCA